AAUCACGUGACAUUGACUUUACUUCCGGUUUUGAUAGGCGUACCGCCGGGUGGAAACUUUGGAAGUUUUGAUAAAUCCAUUUAAAUUUUGUCAACAAGAAAGGAGUAGAAAUUUAAAGGAGAUGCCGGCCUACCAUUCCCAGUUUACCAGCCCACCCCAGAUAUUGGGGAACAUGGCUUUGCUGCCACUGAGGACACAGUUUAAGGGGCCAGCACCCAAGGAUAGUUCAGAUUUUGAUAUUAUUGAUGAGGCACUCCACUUUUUCAAAGCUAACAUUUUUUUCAAAAAUUAUGAAGUAAAGUCUGAAGCUGAUAGAACCUUAAUUUACAUUACUCUGUACAUCACUGAGUGCCUCAAGAAACUUCAAAGGUGUACAUCAAAGAACCAGGGCCUGAAAGAAAUGCACACACUUGCAGUAUCUAGAUUCGACAUUCCAGGUGAUGCUGGCUUUCCUCUUAAUGCAAUGUACACCAGACCUAGUGGAAGACAGGAAGAAGAUAAUAUGAGGGCAUACUUUACACAAAUUCGCCAAGAAUGUGGAAUCAGAGUUUGCGAGAAAGUGUUUGACCCUGCUACAGAUAAACCUUCAAAGUGGUGGAUGUGCUUUGUGAAGAGAAAAUUCAUGGACAUGAGUCUUUCAGGGCCUGGACAAUAAACAUUAGGAAUGCCUUGUAUAGAAAAGGACUAUUAGUUGCCAAAUACAUGAUGUUGCUGGAGCUUGAAUAUGAAGUUGUUAAAGAAGGAUGUUAAAGUUAUAUUAAUUAAACUACUAUUGAGGAGCAUAUGUAACAGUUGCAUUCAAAUAUGACUUGAGAGACAAUUUAAUAAUUGCAUUAUAUCAGCAAAUUUAUGAAAUGUACAUAGAUUUUAUUUGCGGUAUUAAGGGGAUUGCAAUUUUGCCAUGUGUUAAAUGUAUUUUCAGCAAAGGAAAAAAGUUGAAUUUUAAACUGUAAGAUCUCUUUUGGAGAAUUUUACAUGGUUCAGUUACAUCACGUUACAUGCCUGUUAGUCUUAGAAGAAAAUCCCAUCAAUUUAUACAAUAAAUUUAUUACUGUACAUUCAAA